AUGUUAGGUCGAGACAACCACGUGUCAAUCAUUCCUGGCCUGAAGAGUACGACCCAGAAGACUACCAUCUCAAAGCAAUACGACGCCACUGGGCCGCCUUCAUACGCCACCGAUGAUGAAGAUAUGGAAUUCAAGCAAAAGACCAAUUACGAAACAGACCAAGCCAGCUACGCCGAGGAGAGGGCCGAGGACGAAGCGCGCGAGGUUGAAAGAGACAGCGAGAAGGCCGAGUAUGAAGCGCGCGAGGCCGAGUAUGAAAGAGAGCGAGCCGAGUACGGAGCCUUCGAGGCCGAGCAAAAGGCUAUAUACGAGGCCGAAUUCAGGAACUUUUAUCGCGCCUACCAAACCUUUUACGAAGCCUACUAUGAUGCCUUCGAGGCCUUCAAGGCGGUGGCAGACUUUGAGGGCUCUGAUGACUGGGAAGCUACGGUUGAUCAGAGGAUGCUUCCGUUUGUCGGCUCCCUUGUUCCAAGAGCAAACGAAGGCACCAAACCCAGGCGGGUAAGCUUCGAAAGGUCAGCCCUCUCGCAGGGGCAGGUCAUCAUGUCCUGGAACGACAAGUUCAGGUACACGGGCCGGGGGAUCAACAAGUUUGGGAAUCACUGGGACUCUCGGGAUUACGGUACCGGAGGAAACCCCUACCACUACUCCAACAAAAAUGGUGACUGGUACUAUCAAAACCCCGACGGGGGCAGAUACUACAAUGUCGGUAAUGGAAGGGCAGUCUACACAGCCCCCAACGGCCAGAAGUACUACAAGGACCUCCGUGGUGACGAACGAGAUAAUGACAACAAUACCAAUACCGUUCGAGGCGGCGGCAGAACUACAAAUUAUGCCGACAGCACCAACAACGAUGGCAGUACUCACAACCAAGUACUUGGGGGAAGUGAUGGCUCCAUCUACGGCCAUGGUUGGGCGUCGGAACAUUGCUAUCGUUACGUGUCCUCCAGCGACGGCUGUAGUGAUCAGGCAUGUGAUGGAUCGAGCGAAAGUCACCGGUCCUUGAACUUGUCAGAUACGAGCCUGCAUCAUAGCAGCAGCGACAGCUCCGAGGCUCCCACUGGUCAUGUUGAAGUUCUUCGAGAGAGCAUGGACGAAUAUGGUCAGGAUGUCACUGACGACCAAGGCCACGAGGGUAUCGAUAGCCCGGUUUAUGAACAUUUUGAUGGAGGCGGCUUUGAUCAUGGAUACGAUGAGGACGGAGGCGAUGACGAUAAUGACGCUUCCGAUGACUACGGUGAUCACGAUGAGGAUGGCGACGAUGACGACCAGGACGACUAUUAUGAAUACUACGUCGACGACGACGAUGACGACUACUAUUCCGAAUAA